CAAGCUCUCAACCACGAAAUUGAGGAAAGAAUUGGUUUUCAUUCGACGCGUUGAAAAAACCGCUGAAAGGUGGAGGGCAAUUUAAUGGCGACUGCGUCAACUUCAUCGACUCAUGAAGUUAUUGUGGAAACCCCGAGAACCAGCGAAACAAACACUCGUGAAAAUCCAAGAUUUCGCGGAGUAGUAGAUGCGUUACUUGAAGUCUGUUAUAAACUCGAUGUGGUUCUGUGCUGUGGUUUACAUUUCUGUGCACGUUGUUUUCGCCCUCGAGUUCGCCUUCGCCGAUCAAUCUUCACCCGAAUGUCUUACAUUGGACUUCUGUUAGGGGCUUCCUUGCUCUGUUGUUUUUUGCUAACACCGCGAACAAGACACAUUCUUGGCGAUGAAUUUUGCCAAACUGUCUCCUACUUUUUCUGUGACACAUUACUUAGUUACGCGUCCGUGUACAGAGUUCUUUUCAUGUUAGCCAUCUUUUAUUUUGUCCAGAGCUUGGCUUCAUAUGGCGUGUUAUCGAGUCGUGACAGCCGAGCACGGAUCAACAAUGGCUUUUGGGGAGUCAAGAUUUUAGUUUUAUCGUUACUAACGUUUUUAUUUCUGCUUAUACCGCAUUCGGAAUACACUGGCGAAGUAUGGACAUUCUUUGGCUUAAACGGAGGCUUUGCUUUUAUAAUUUUGCAAUUUGUGCUGUUAAUUGACUUUGUACACUCGUGGAAUGCCAGCUGUGUAGAGAGACUCGAAGCCUCUACAUCUUACACACAGCUGAACUUAUGGUAUAUGGUUCUGUGGAUACCAACCAUAACACUUUACGCAAUCUCCAUUAUUUCAAUCAUCUCCUUCUAUAUUCUCUACGCAUGGGCGCCUGGCUGUCAUAAUAACAUGUUUUUUAUAACGUUUAAUGUUUAUCUCUGUGUUGCUGCCACUUACAUUUCUGUUAAUCCUGUCGUUCAAGAUGCGCGCCCGCGUUCGGGACUCCUUCAAGCAGCGGUCGCCACCUCUUACAAUACCUUCAUCACGUGGUUAGCAUUGUCAAAUGAACCUGAUGAAGUUUGUAACCCAUCACGUGACUAUCUCUUCCCUGGAACUCCAUUUAGUAACAUUCAAAUAUUGUUAAGUUUAGGAUUCAUGUUCUUUGUGUUAAUCUACGCCUGUUUACGCGAUGUUCGCGCUCCGCAGUACGGCAAACUACAACAAGGACACGUUACACGCAAGCAAACACACGAAACUCACGAGGUACCCGAUAGAGAGGACACUAGAGUGCGUGUCGACGUUUUCGAGGAAGGGGGUUGCGUAUUUGAUGAUGAGCGUGACGGCGUGGCCUACAGUUACUCAUUUUUCCAAGUGCUUUUUUGUUUAGCCGCUCUCUAUUCCAUGAUGACAUUAACUAGCUGGUACCGGCCAGAAGAGGCUCAACAUUUUAGUGUCAAGUUAGUCUGCGGAUGGGGAGCGGUAUGGAUUCGACUCUCUGCUGCUAUUUUCAGCACGUUCAUCUAUAUCUGGACAUUGAUAGCGCCUGUUAUCUUUCCCGACUCGUACAGGGAUUUAGUUUUCUUUCAAUUUAUGCUAAGCGCGCAGAAACCGAUGCGGACAGUACGAAGACCAACAAGCUGAGCUAAAGUAUUUUACAACUCUUUACCGAAAUGAAGUGGCUAAUAGUGAAUAUUUAAUGAGCUGCGAAGAAGCGAGGUAAAUGAUUACCGCCAGCCAGCUCCACUUUGCUGAACUGUUCUAGUACAUACUAAACCAGCGAGGUAAUAAAGAACAAAAAUAUGAUUUUAAUUCAUCUAUUCCUCCUACGAUGACAAUAUUUCCGCAAAUCCCGCAGGCGUUGCUCAGAGGUGAAUCAGUAAAGGAUAUUUGUAGUUUGAGUAUCCAAUCAGAACACGCUUUCAACGCUAUCGACCGCUUACGCACAUACCAGGUG